UCUAGUGUGGUGCGCUGCUUCUUAGCAGUCAGCGGUAGUGCUGUGGAAUAUGAACCUUAUAAUAAUUUAAAAACGCUAUUUUUAUUCCUUUUCUAGUUUCAUCAGUUAUAUUUAAUUUUUUUACCUUUCUACUUUCUUUAUACAGCGUUUGUUCCAAAACUUUGGCUUUUUUUUGUUCUGGUAGAAAAAACCCAUAGGUUUUUUUAUUACGUAUAAUCAGCGAUUGGAAUGGCCGAGAUUGUUUAUUUCAACGGCCAUAAAAUUCAGAAUGAUACUACAGAAGAGAAUGUUUAUUAUAAUUCUAUAAGAAGCCCACUAAAUGAAGUAGAAAGAACCUUUCAUAAAGAACCUAGCAGCACUCAUAAACCUAUAAACUCCAACGUAGAGGCUGUUAUAACUGAAGAAAGCUUACCCAUUACUAAAAAUAACGAACGUGUUCCCCAUCCAGAGCCAGUUAAUAAUCCUUGGAGGGCUCGGCCCAGGACCAACGUGGGAAACUUUCCAUCUUCGGCCGUCUGUAAAAGUGUUUCUGUUCCUUCACCCUUAAAUGGCCCUGAGUCCUUCCCUUCAUUAUACGAAGAGAUUAAGCACACUAGUGAAAAGUCAAAGCCAAUUUUUCCUUACGAAAGCGCUGAAAAUUUAAAAAAAGGAAAAUCCAAAAAGUGGAAACCCCUGAAUAUUGAGCUUCGUACCACUCAUACGACGGAAACCACAAUAUUUCGGGUGCCCGGUAGAACUGGCCGCAGCACUUCGAAGUUCUACAAAACGUCCUUUACCAAGUCCGAAAGCCACCAGCAUGAGGUUGAGAAUGAUCGUCAAGGUGGGCCUCCUAGAAACAGACUCAGACCUAAGGCGCAGCCUAAAAGGAAAAGGCGGUAUAGUCCUUCCGCUCGUCUGCCUGCCUCACGUAGUUUCCCGGUGGCCAGUCAAUCUCCACCCAGCAAAGGCCCCCGUCCAUAUAAACUUAUCAAACCAGCGCCACGUUCGCUACGCAGUAUAAGACCUUCAGAGGCCCCCCCCCGCCCUUCUUCUGCAGAAGUUUUAUUUACUGAAGAGGCGCUUUCUUCUGGUGAAUCAGCCGCUCGUUGGAAAUAUCGUUACAAAAGCAGACCUUUUACGAGUUAUAAGAAAAAUACACCCGACUACCCCUUGAGCUGGUCCGACUCGCAACCGGGCAUAGAGAGCGGGCCUCUACUCUGGUCAACCAAUCCCUCUGCUGCUUUUUUGGCUCCUCGGCAGGCUUAUCAGGAGCAAGAGAACGUGUCUGCGUCUUUGACCGCCCCACCUGUUGAUCCCAUGUUCCCUUCUGGCCACUAUGCCGGCACGUACACCCUGCCCGGCUACGGCUAUACCGUCUACUAUAUGAUACCACCCGUUGGGUUGGACAAGGACGCGUUAGCAUCUAAGAUCCGGGCCCAAAUAGAAUACUACUUCAGUACGGAAAAUCUGAGGAAGGACGUCUAUCUAAGACAGCACAUGGAUGCCAGUGGCUUUGUGCCUGUCUCAUUUAUUGCUCAAUUCAACCGAGUGCGCCUGCUAACUUACGACCUAAAUACGGUCAUUGAGGCCAUUCAGCCAAGUUUAGAGUUGGAGCUGAGCUUUGACAUGCAGUACGUGCGGAAGCGAUACGACUGGGAAGCUUUUUUACCGAAAGUCCUCCACGAGGAACCAAAGGACGUUCAGCGGUCGGGGUUACAGACUUCACGGAACCACGAGUCUCUUGAGAACGAUCUGCUCGCGCUCACCCUUACAGGAGGCAGUGAAUCAGCGAGUCGGAGGUCAAAGCAAACCGGAAGACUGUCGGCUAACCGAACGCUAUACGAUCACGAAAGCCCUUCGAAUGCAUUCGCAAGUGAUCUCGAAGAUGAAGAGAUAAGCAACAUCAUGAUCAUCACUCAAACAUCGCCUGCAGGAAAGUCCAACGCUCUUUUAGCGGACUCCUCGGCAACUUUUGAUAAGUGGGCUGAAAUGAUAAAUCACGGGCUUUACCGCUACGAGCAGGAUUUGCUUUCGAAUUGCGAUAAGCCUCAACGUAUGGCGCUUGCAGUCCACCACGACGAGUCUGUGACGCCUUCUCCUCUCAGUCUUGCUACGGAGUCUUCUCUUGCUUCCAGUGUAACGCCGCGGAGGGCUCUGAAAGUCCUACGCGGAGCGCCCCGCUUUUAUCCUGUAAAGCCCCAAGACGAGUUGUCCAGGCACGAGGUGGGUGCUCAAGACUCUGUGGUGGAGGCGAAUGUGGGGUGGCUCAUGCGGACAGCCUCACCCCACGCGUCCCCAGGACCACAUUCUAAUGGACGUGCCGGCGCGUUCUCGUCCUCCUUGCAUCCGUCCCUGGAACUUUUAGAGGAAGGCGGGUUUGUGGAGCAGAAGUACCACACGUUCCACCAGGAGUGUUUGAGAGAGCGCGCCAAACUUGGAGCUGGACGUUCUCACGAAAUGAAUACGCUGUUUCGCUUUUGGUCCUUUUUUUUGCGCGAUCACUUCAACUGCAAAAUGUUUAACGAGUUUCGGAUGUUAGCCAGAGGGGACGCUGCGGCCGGCCACAGAUACGGACUCGAGUGUCUUUUUCGCUUCUUCUGUUACGGGCUGGAGAAAAAGUAUCGAGGAGAUUUGUUUGAACUGUUUCAGCGGGACACGCUAGAAGACUAUCGCCGGGGCCACUUUUACGGUCUUGAAAAAUUCUGGGCAUACCUUAAACAUCGAAAACAGGCUGAGUUCGACCCCCUUGAUCCGGCUUUGCGGGAGGUUAUUGCCAACUACCGCUCACUCCAAGCUUCUCGCUCGCUUGCGGAAGAUACGGUACGCGAAGUAGCGCAUCUGCACGGAGGUUUACUUGCUUGAUUGGAUCUUUGGAAGGGGCCGUUCACUUUCUGUGGGGACGGAAGAACUUUGGGAUGUUACUUGUCGCGCUACUGACUGUAAAAAAAACUUAAACAAAGAGGGGUAAGGGGGCCGCACAAGGGCCGGAUGCAGUAUAUUUUAUUUGCAGUUUAAAAAAAAAGUACUUUGAAUUGGUUUAUUGA